AUGCCUUCCGGCCCCUCCAACGCAUCCGCUUCCACCCCGAGAUCCGGGUCGUCACCCACUGGCACGCAUGGUCCGACUGCGGCAAACAUCACUGAGUCGCAUAUCUUUGCCGGUAAUGAUGGCCAAGACGAUGCCGGCUCUCCUACUAGGGUCUCUUGGAAUCAUCUCCGCCAGGGCGAGAGUCACCAGCGCAUCCGCCAUGGCGCCCAGCAAUUGCUUCGCCUGACCGGCAAAUUUCCCACCCAUAGUACCGCAGGCGAGGAUGACGGCGAUGAAACCGCCAACGACCACGUUCUCCCCACCGAGGACAACCUGCGCGCCAUGUCACGGCUAUCGCACAGCAUCGCGCGCGAUAUACACGAGAUCAGGACCCUCCGGAAGGAAGACCCCAACGCAAACAAGCGAAAGUCGGGCGAGAGCUGCGAGCAACAGCUCGCUUCCAGAAGCCAUGCCGGGGACCGCGGUAGCCCCCCGGGACGCAGGAACCGCCGCAAGACGAUCGAUUUCUCGUGCCACAAGUGCCACCGCGUCGACACCCCGGAAUGGCGACCCGGCCCGGACGGCCCCAGCACGCUCUGUAACGUGUGUGGGCUAAUUUACGCCAAACGAGAGCGCAAGAAGCAGGAAUCGACGAUGCCCACCUUUGGAUCUCGCUAA